AUGUCCACCAAACAAUCUAAGCCAAAACAAGCAUGCGAUAACUGUCGCCGUCGCAAAAUAAAGUGUUCUCGUGAACUACCAUGCGAUAAGUGCCAACGGCUACUUCUUUCCUGCUCAUAUAGCGAUGUGCUUCGUCGCAAGGGCCCCAAAUUCCGCACUCUGUAUCCCCUAGCCCCGGUUCACCCUCUUUCAUCCCGGCUCGACCCUCCCGAGAGUCUGUAUCCCGAGGAUACCGGCACCGGCGAGAUCCCGGACUACCAAUUCAACUCACCCAUCUCGCCAGGGUUUAUAAUCUCAGACUCGCAGUUUGCAGGCCAGGACUUCUCGGAUACUUUUUCCCACCUGCCGCCUCCGGAACUUGUCUCGUCCCCGGGUUCCACCGAUUCAACUGUGGAAUCCGCUAUUGGCUAUGGCUAUGGAUAUGCCAGGCCGAUUGCCCGUCGUCUCUCGCCGCAGAUUCUGCUCGUUCAUGUGAAUAUCUACCUCAAGUACUUGUUCCCAAUUAUGCCGGUUGUCCGUGGGGACCAACUUCGGUUGGAUUGCCAUCAGCCCGGGCAGCUGUCUGCGCGGCGGUAUGCGUUUUUGGCAUCGCUGUGUGCGGCUACGCAUAUCCAGUUAAAGCUGGAUGGACCAACGAAUGGGUCUCAUCCCCCACGCUUGCAGAGUAUUGGGGACGGACACUCGUUGAUGUCUGGGGAAGACCUCCUUUCGGAGGCCGUGCGGGCACGGCGGGAAUGCGAUGUUCUGGAAGAACUUAGCACGGAGUCCCUUUUGACUUCGUUCUUUUUAUUUGUAUCUUAUGGGAAUCUUGAUCGUCAGGAUCAGGCUUGGUUCUUUUUGUGCCAGGCUACCUCGUUUGCAUUCACCCUAGGGUUGCAUCGAGAGUCGACGUAUACAGAAUAUGAAGUUGAAGAGGCAGAAGAGAAACGGCGCGUGUUUUGGCUUUUAUUUGUUACAGAGAGAGGUUACGCUCUCCAGCAAGCGAAGCCGGUUAUGCUGCGCAGUUCUAUCCACAAGCCUCAGGUUCUUUGCUCGGAAGACCCUAUCCUGGCUUAUGGAUUCAUCAACUUGAUCAACAUAUUUGAGAACCUCACCCCGAACCUUUAUGAUUGGAUCUCGGCCGGUGGCGGAGAUGGCAUUUUGGAGAAGCCUCCAACUGCCGCCAUCCAAUCCAACCUGUGCAAGCCUAUUUCUCUAGAGGGAGUUCUUGAGAUUCAACAGGUUGAUAUCUUGAUUACCCAGCAGUGGCUGCAGACUAUGAUGUGGAAAAUGUCUAUGAGCCAUGCCACGCAACUUGGUUCGCGCGAUGACGCAGUUCUGCCAUUUCACCUACCAGUGAUGGUGGGUAAAACUGUGAUGAGUGUGAUUGGUGCUGCAUCACAGGGGGCUAUUGAUGCACAUGGAAUUGGAAUGGAGCAAAAACUCUUUGAUAUAGGAUCCUCUGUUGCCGAUGUGACAAGGUCUCUUGGACCAAAAGCCGUCCAUAGGCUGGCUGAGUCUACUAUUGAUCCAAACGAGUUGCUGUGGGGUAUCCUUCACACGCUUUCUCAGAUUCGUGGCUCGCCCUCGUAUCUCUUCCCCACAUUGCUGGAUCGUUGUCGAUCCGUACUUGGACUCGACUGCAACAUCACCACAGGGAAUUUCCUUCCUAUACUUGGCGCUGCUGUACCGGAUCAGUUGGCUUCAUGGUCCGGCCAACAUGUCUGGGACUACGCUGCUAGUGCCGAGGAUAUUGAGAUCCAGGAUGUCGAUGGUCAAGCUGAGUCAGCUCCUCAUCCACAUGUGCCACAAGAACUGGGCUUCGAAAGUUGUCUCUUGUGA